CGUAGGCGCCGUCGAGUCCUGCCGUCAGAGCCGCUUUAUCCUCCGAUCGACUUGGAGGACUGCUCGCGAGGACCAGGAACUCGCUGUUCUAUCAGUCCGGCGCACGCUUUCGGGACUCGCACGCGGGAUCAUGUGGCGGCUGUCGAUAGUGAUCGCUAUAAUCGUAACGGCGCAGGCCGGACCCUACGACAGGAUGGCGGUCUCGAUGAACGACAGGACGCUGUUUGUCAGGAGCCUACCGGGUUAUCCUGGGACCAGGAGCGAUCUCUACGAGGUCUACAUGGAGCCGUAUUACUUCGCGGUCGGCUUGAAGGCCGUGGUGGAGCUGAAAGCCCUCGGCGAUGAUGGCACACCGAUGGACGAUGGACCCCGAGGGAUCCUAACGCUGGAGCAGCAUCCCCAGGGGGUCAGGGUCGCGGGUACGAUCUCGGGCCUAAACCCGGGCCUGCACGGCUUCCACGUGCACGAAAAGGGGGAUUUGACGAAAGGCUGCAAUUCGGCCGGGCCGCACUUCAACCCAUACAUGGUGAAUCACGGAGCACCCAGCGAUCCAUUGCGUCACGUCGGGGAUCUCGGCAACAUCGAGGUCGGGCAGGACGGCACGGCGCGUAUUGAUGGCUUCGAUCACUAUCUGAGCCUGGUGGGUGUCCGAGGUGCGAUCGGCAGGGCCCUGGUGGUCCACGAGAAACCCGACGACCUCGGCCGCGGCGGAACCGAGGAGAGCAUGAAGACCGGAUCGGCGGGCGCCCGUCUCGCCUGCGGUGUCAUCGGGUUCUUGUAACGUGAAUUUGCGAGUUGCGAAUACGGCCGGAGCGCGCGCGUUACGCAAAUGAUGCUCGACGGUAAGGCCCGUUCGACGUACGGCUGGAGGUCUCUUCUCUUCGCCCGCUGUAAAAACAGAGGCGAGCUUCCUCGUCGUGAGAUCCAGCGGACCGUCUCUCGCUCUCUUUCGCGGCUCCGGAGACGCGUUGAAUUCGUUAGCUCGCGAGCCGAACAGCUUUCCAGCUGGAAAAUUGCAACGGAGGGACGAUCCUUCGCGCUCUUUCGCGCUUUCCGAUGUGCUUUGGAUCAAUAAUUACUCCUAGGAUUUACUGAACACCCCUUCGGUCGGUGGCAAAUUUGUCGGAGAGAAGGAUUUCUUGCGAUUCCUUCGGGAGCAAGAUUUCGCAAUUGAGACUCGGUGCGUUCCACCUGAGAUGUGCGGCUCGCUGUGAAGCCCGCUCCUGCCGAUUCGCGAGCGUGACGCGAGAAUUAUUUAAUAUUAGGUAGCGUCCGACGCACACAGAGAGAGAGAGAGAGAGAGAGAGAGAGAGAGAGAGAGAGAAAGAGUAAAUUCCCGCGUAUACACAGCGCCGGCUUCCGAGGCGCAACGGUGCGCACUAACGCGCCCGGCCGAAUUCGCUAAAAGAGACGUCGCACGCCGUAAUUCCGUCCACUGCUAAUUUAAUUGCGUCCAUUUGUACCGAUCAAUAAAUCACGACUGUAACCGAGUACGUUACGAGCGUAUUUCACGCACUCUUACUUCAUUAAUCCUCAUGGUCAUCCAUAGGCUGCGGAAGCGGGAAGAACGAUUCGUCGAUAUUAUAUAUAGGUGAUUUAAUUGAAACGAUUAAUUAUUAAUUCGCAAUUAAUCCCCCUCGCGUGUUUUACUAAUGCUGAAAGCGCAUAAAGGGAAAGCGCAUACGCACGACGCAUAACAAUAUCGCACGAUAGUUAAGUAUUAAUAAUAAAUAAUUCUAUCGAAAUGUAUAUUAUUUUUUAUAUACAUUUUAUUAAAUUUCUCUGGACAAAUAUAUGCAACGUACAACUUCGUGAAAAA